AUGUCCGGAGGAGGUGCGGAGCUGGCCUCCCGCUCCAAGAAUGCGGGGGGUGUCAUAUCCCGCGCCAAGACGGGGCUUCAGCGGCUGGCGCGCAGGAUGGCCCUCCUCGUGGCGCUCACCUGCGUCGUCCUCUUCGCGCUCCGGGCGCUCCUCAACUUCGACGUCUCCGGCGCCACCUACGGGCUCAUCGCGUGGCUGCGAGACGACAUCAACGUCUCCACAGGGUGCAUGGUGCUCGUCAUCGCGACCGCGGUGGCGACCCCGCUGAUGCUGAGCACCACCCCGAUCAACAUCGGCGCCGGGGCGGUGUACGGGGUAGUGCUGGGAACCUUCGUCACCCUGGUCGGGCACGUCGCGGGAGCGUGGAUAUGCUACGUGUGGAGCCGAUGGUGGGCGCGGGACUGGAUCGCGAGAAAGAUGCGGUCCUCGGAGACGCUCACGGCGCUGAACCACGCGCUCGCCAAGGGCGGAGCGGGAAUCGUGAUGCUCUCCAGACUCUCCCCGCUGUUCCCUUUCGCCAUGUGCUCGUUCUGCUUCGGCGCGUGCAACGUGGGGACCUGGGACUACCUCAUGGGAACCACGGUGGGGCUGGCGCCGAGCACCCUCAUGCUGUCGUGGGUCGGGGUCACCAUCCAGAGUUACAGCAAGAAGGGCGCGACGCAGGAGGGACACAGCGCCGCGGACUACAGGAGACUGUGGGGGGUCAUCCUGCUCACCGUCGUGUCGUCGGUGCUGCUGGGGUGGAGGGUGAAGGCGGUGAUCAAGGCGCAGGCGAGGGAAGCGGAGAGGAGCGGGCUGGUCAUCGGCACCGCGGGGGUGGGAGGGACACCGGGCAAGGGGCGGGGGACGACGGGGCUCAAGCGGCUGACGGAGUCGAGGAUGGGCGCAAAAGGCGGUGCGCUGUCGCGGGGGAACAGCGGCGAGAGGCUCCUGGUCGCCGCGGCGGUGUAG